AAUAUAUUCAAUUCGCAGAGCAUUUAAGCCACGAAUGAGUCAUUCAUUUGAUUUGCAUUGCAAUCAGUUAUGCGUUCAAUGAGUCCAUGACUUAAUCAACACUUCCUUCACUUGUUUAAGACUUUUGUUGAGAAAGUUGUCAACAGUUUCACUCAUAUCUGACAUCAAAAUAGCAGUAAAAGCCAUAAAUUGCUGAACAAAUGAUUGGACGGAAGUUUGGACAGAGUUUGGGACAACUGGUCCACAGAUACAGCUGCGGCACCGGAUGGCGUCCAUUGUCGUCAACGACACUGAAAGACGAGUGGAAAUCAUUGGCACAAAAGCAGAUGAAAGGCAAGAGUAGCGAUGAGUUGAUCCACAGGACGAACGAUGGCAUCGAAGUGCUGCCCAUGUAUUUGGCGGACGAUGUGGACGAGUGGGCGAAGGGGGAGAUCCCGGGGCAGUACCCGUUCACCCGCGGGCCGUACCCGACAAUGUAUGCCCAGAAGCCGUGGACUAUCAGACAAUACGCGGGAUUCAGUACUGUUGAGGAAAGCAAUAAGUUUUACAGAGAAAACAUAAAAGCAGGACAACAGGGACUGUCCGUCGCCUUUGAUUUGGCCACUCAUAGGGGGUAUGACAGCGACGACGUGCGAGUCCAGGGAGACGUGGGAAUGGCCGGAGUGGCCAUCGAUUCCGUGGAUGACAUGAAGGCGCUGUUCGAUGGCAUCGAUUUGAGCAAAAUGUCGGUCUCGAUGACAAUGAACGGAGCGGUGAUUCCUGUGAUGGCCUUCUAUAUCGUGGCCGCAGAGGAGGCGGGCGUUCAACAGAAGCUGUUGUCCGGAACCAUUCAGAACGAUAUCCUCAAGGAGUUUAUGGUGCGGAACACAUACAUCUAUCCGCCGCACCAUUCGAUGCGAAUAAUCGGCGAUAUCUUCGCCUAUGUCUCGAAAAAUAUGCCCAAAUUUAACACAAUUUCAAUAUCCGGUUAUCAUAUGCAAGAGGCCGGCGCUACGCCUGUCAUCGAACUGGCCUUCACUAUAGCCGAUGGCAUAGAGUACUGUCGGACGGGUAUUAAAGCGGGUCUUACUAUCGAUGAGUUUGCGCCGCGACUGUCCUUCUUUUGGGGCAUAGGAAUGAACUUUUAUCUGGAAAUCGCCAAAAUGAGAGCCGCUCGCAGACUAUGGGCUCAUCUCAUCACAAAGCACUUCAAUCCCAAAGACAUCAAGUCAUGUAUGUUAAGGACUCACUGCCAGACCUCUGGCUGGUCUCAGACAGAACAGGACCCGUACAACAACAUCGUCCGCACGACUGUCGAAGCCAUGGCUGCUGUCUUCGGUGGCACUCAAUCGCUGCAUACGAACGCAUUCGAUGAGGCGUUGGCUCUUCCCUCGCGAUUCAGCGCAAGAAUUGCCAGAAAUACUCAGAUUAUUAUCCAGGAAGAGACGGGAAUCCCUCGAGUGAUCGACCCGUGGGGCGGCUCUUAUAUGAUGGAAGCGCUCACCGAUGAGAUGUAUAGGGAGGCGCUGAAGCUUAUCGAUGAGGUCGAGGCCUUGGGAGGGAUGGCUAAAGCGGUUGCCGAAGGAAUGCCUAAAUUAAAGAUAGAGGAGUGCGCGGCACAGAAACAGGCGGCCAUUGAUUCCGGCAAAGAAGUGAUUGUUGGCGUCAAUAAGUAUCGGCUCGAAAAGGAGGAUCCGGUCGAAGUACUUGUGGUCGACAACAAAGUGGUUCGCGAGACACAGAUCUCUAAGAUUAAUCAAAUCAAAGCAACUCGUGAUUCAAAUCGAGUCAAUCAGUGUUUGCAAGAAUUGACAAAUGCUUCAGAAAGUGAUGGCAAUGUUUUAGCCAAAGCUAUUGAAUGCGCCAAAAGUAGGGCGACUUUAGGAGAGAUAUCAAUGGCAAUGGAAAAGGCUUUUGGCAGAUAUGUGGCCGCAGACCGACUCGUGAGCGGCGCUUACUUUUCAGCUUACAGUCAAUUAGACGAAUUGAAAGCAAUUCAGAGAAAAAUCAAGGAAUUCGAAGAGUUUGAGGGAAGACGGCCUCGCAUUCUGGUGGCAAAGAUGGGUCAGGACGGCCACGACAGGGGCGCCAAAGUGAUCGCCACCGGCUUCGCUGAUGUCGGCUUUGAUGUCGAUUUGGGACCACUCUUUCAAACACCCGAAGAAGUGGCUCAACAGGCGAUUGAUGCGGACGUUCACUGCGUUGGGGUCAGCAGUCAGGCGGCCGGACACCGAACGCUCGUUCCUAUGCUUUCAGAGGCGCUCACAAAGAUGGGCCGACCGGAAAUAAAAAUAGUGGUCGGAGGGGUCAUACCUCCACAGGACUACCAAUUUCUCUACGACAAGGGCGCCGCUGCUAUUUUUGGCCCCGGAACUCGUAUUCCUGUGGCGGCACUCCAUGUCCUCGAAGUGAUUCAAAAGGAUUUAAAUGAAAGACAGAGUCAGAAGAACUGAUCAACGGUUGUGUUUGACAUUUAAAACUAUUGAUUACUUACUGUAAUUUUCUGAUGGAUUAAUAAUGUCUCAAGUGAUGACUGCAAUGCAAUAUUCCCAAUAAGAGCCGUUGAUUCAAAUGGUUUGCCAAAUGUAGUCAUUAAUUAAAUGUAGCGAUAAUUUUUCUACCGGUAUAUCUAGCAUUACAUGUACCGUCAGAUUUGUAUUACCGGUAAUCCUUUUUAAUUCUAUUACGAG